AUGUCUCCGCAACUCAGGAGCGUCGGCAUCGUUGAUCUUCUCGAGGCUGAUCCACGACCGACCUUCAUCGUCGAUCUCACCAUCGCCGCCGGAAAUUCAGAACAGACCUCCUCCAUCGCUUACUGCAACCCCGCGCUCUCGGCCUGUCCUGACCUUGUUGACCUUGUCCAGUCCUCCCGCAGCCAACACGCUGUCCUCUGGGAAUGGAUCUCCGCUUCAUUCCUGCCUCCGAGUUUGACCAAGGCCCGCAGCUCUUCCUCCUCGGACUCUCCCUCGUCGCCCUUCUAUUAUUCCAACGCCCAAUGGAGCAAAUGCCUCGUCCAGGGGAGGUGGCUGGUCGUCGGAACCAACGAGCAGCCCUCAUCUGCCGACCGUCCCCGCAAGAUCCGGCUCGAUUCUCAAAAAGGAAGCUUUGGUGUCUCCGGCAGCGCCAACAAGGUUGCAUCUUCUACUUUACCCAUAGCAAUCCCGCACCAUGACCGCCGAUCAGACUCUUUGUGCGGUCCAGGAACUGCCUCUGAGCAUGAGCCCUUGCCUGCACAGAGGAUGUUUGUUGAGCCGGACUGGGUCUUGCCGGAAAUCAUGCAUGACCAGGGGCCUUAUCUCAAAAUUCUUACAACCAUCGACUGGCCCUCGACGCCUCUUGGACCUCUUAAUACCUGGCCAACCCUACUGAAGCAAACGCUCAACCAGGUUCUUGCAGACUCCCGCCCGAUUGCCUUGUACUGGGGAGAACAUUUCACCACGAUAUACAACGAAGCCUUCGGAGCGCUUUGCGGGUCGAAACACCCAGGUCUGUUAGGGAAGUCCCUGGAGCAUGUGUGGCUCGAGGCUGGCCCUAAGCUAAAGGAGAUCAUGCUCACGACCGCCGAGAAACGCCGUGGUAUCGUCGAGAAGGAAUGGCGAUUUUUCAUGGAAAGGACAGAUGAUGGCCCUGAGGAGACAUAUCUGAAGUGGUCGGUCGUACCCAUCAUGGAAGAAGAGAAGGUUUCAGGCUUCUUACAUCCGAUUCUCGAUGUCACAUCGGUGCGCCUAUGGGAGAGGCGGAUGAAGAUGCUCAUCGAUCUCGGCGACGCACUGGUAACGGCCAGAGAUGCGAAGUCUUACUGGGCCAAAACUGUCGAAUUUCUUAGCGCCGUCGAACCCCGAUACGAUGUUCCGCUGGCGAUUCUGUAUUCGGUCCAAGAUGACCCUGAAGCACAAAGUGUCACUCAUUCACUCUAUGGAUUCCCGAAAAUUUGUCAGCUCGAGGGCGCGCUGGGUGUGCCCGAAGGCCAUACUAUCGCUCCGCCCACCAUCUCGCUUCGAAAUACCGACCAGGGUCUUGCGUCUAUUUUCCGCAGUGCUCUACAAGGCCAUUAUCCACUUCUGCUUCAAACAAAGGAUGGCACUUUACCCGAGUCUCUGAUUCAGGGGCUAGCAUGGAGAGGGUUUGGUGACGCUUGUCGAAGCGCUGUUGUCUGUCCUAUCCGGCCUACCAGAGAAGAGAACGUUAUGGGCCUACUCCUGCUUGGCUUGAACCCGAGGAGGCCUUACGACAGUGACUACCGACAGUAUAUUUCGCUUUUAAACCAGAAAUUGACCACCACUCUGGCUUCAACAGUUCUGCUGGAGGAAGAGGCUCGGAGGGGUCGCAACAUCGCGGAGGAGGCUGCCUAUGCACAGGCUAGGUUGAAGUCUAAGCUGACUGACAAGAUAAAGGAGGCAACAGAAUCACUUCACAAAUUUCAGGAGGUCGCAGAUUUCAUCCCAGUUGGCAUGGCUUUUCAGAACGCCCAAGGCGUCCUGACCAAGACUAAUGACGCUUGGCAUCGGAUUACUGGUAAUCCCCAUCGAGAGACCGGCCCAUCGAUGGCUCUGAGAGAUAUUCUCUCUUACAUCGUGGAAGAAGAUCGCCCCGGUGUCGUGCGAGCUUACGAGCAAUUACGCACGGAAGACAGCAUCACCUACGAAUGCCGACUGAUUCGGCGAAACACCGUCAACAGUCCGCCGCCGCUGGUGAGGGAAUCCGCAAGCUUCGAGAGGGCCGGUAUCGAACUUCGUGGCAUCAACGACCAAGCAUCCGAACGCCACAUCCUUGCGGCUGCUCGGGCUGAACGCGCCGCAGACGGCAGCAUCCUGCAAGUGUUGACUUGCCUGACAGACGUCACUCUACACAAUCAGACCGCCGAGGAGGCGAUACGGAGGGCGCAACAGGCUGAAAAUCUGAAGCGCAUGGCGGAGCUGGCAACCGUCGGGAUGUACGAGAUGGACUUGGAUGGGCAGCUCGUCGAGGCGAACAAUGUCUUCUUCCAAAUGUGCGGCCUCGACAAAGCCGACAUGAACAUUAAAGAGGCCGGCCUCAAACCCUGGCAGACGUGCAUAGUGGAAGAGGACUUGCCUGCGCUGGAGGAAGUCAUGAAAAAGGUCACCCAUGAGGGUACUCCGCAGACCUUGGAGGUCCGAUUCAAGACGCCUUUGACAGUCAAGGACAGCCAGGGUACUGAGAUCGUCGUGCCGAGAUGGGCGUACGGCACUUUCCUGCCAGUGAGGGGCUCUGACGGAGCGAUUCAGUCGUACUGCGGCUGCGUGAGCGACAUUUCCCUCCAAAAGUGGCAACUCGAGCGGGAAAGAUUGCGCAAGGAGGAAGCGCUGGAGUCGAAACGGCAGCAAGAGAACUUCAUCGACAUGACAUCUCACGAGAUGCGCAACCCCCUCAGUGCAAUCAUCCACUGUGCUGAUGCAGUCAUUGCGUCACUUGGGAAAGCACUGGACCUGCAGCAGAGGAUAGGUCUCAGCAGGCAAAAUUCGUCGGCAACAAACGGAGGCGUUAGCGACGGGGGCAUGCGCAGAGAGGAUGAGCUUCUUAUGGAGAGCAGCGUCGAGAACGCGGAGACGAUCAUCGCUUGGUAA